AGAAGGGUCUCUCAAAUCAAUUACAUCGGAAUAUACAAGAAGGUUUCUUCCACAUCCUUUCCUUCCCACUGACAAGGAGCAUUACUUCGGCGAGGACCACCUCACUCAAAUGUUGGGGACCUCCGAAGGAUCUCUAGUGACAGCGGUGAACAUAGACAGAGAAGGAGAGCAUCAGGUUUUGGUCAAGAAAGGUCGCAGAAGACGAAAAAGACCUGAAGACGACCUCAAGCUGGAAGGUGGAUUGUUUCUCAGGCCUGAAUAUUAUGAUACUUUCGUAGAUUUCCCGCGUCAACGACCCAAAGUUAUUAGACCUCGCACACACAUAAAUUCAGAAAAUCAUCGCCAGCUUCCGAUGUCUCUGUUAACAGAGAACAAUGCGCAGUAUGUGGUCUUCGAAUCUGCGAAAAGACCUGAACUUGCCCGAAGGCCAACUACUCUGCGUACCGAAGGUGAUGUAUUAGUGAAAGAGUCGGAAAUACGCUCGCGGUAUGGUCCACAUGAAGGAGCCAAAAGGCCUGAUCUCGCACGGCGUAACACUAGUCUUAGAACGGAGGGUGAUAUGGAUACGGUAACGGAACACAAGGAGAAAUACGUGGAAUUUACAGACGCGCGUCGUGCGGAGCUGUCUAGAAGGGCUACACAACUUAAUCUAGAAGGCGAGAUGUAUACAUUAACUGAAAACAGCGAGAACUAUAUUUAUUUAUCGUCACCCAAAAGAUCGGAGCUUAAGAGAAGGCCAACUAAUCUGAAGCUAGAAGGACAGAUGGAAAAUGUAACGGAAAAUAUGGAUAAUUUUAUAAAAUUUCUUGGAGGCAAGAGAGCAGAGAUGUUGAAGAGGUCAAAUAAUCUUACUUUAGAAGGGGGUGUAGAAUAUAUGCCAGAGUAUAAUGACAUGUUUAGAGAUUUCCCAAGGGAAAGACCUGUUAUAAGAAGACCACCGGUGAAUUUAAAGCAAGAAGGAGAACUGUAUAUUACCACCGAGAAAAAAUCUCAGUUUAUAGAUUAUUUAUCCAAAAGCAAAAGGCCGGAUCUUGCAAGAAAACCAACAAACUUAACUCUUGAAGGUGAAAUAGAAUCAAAACCGGAAUACAGGGAUUCAUAUGUUGAUUUUCCUAGGCACAGACCGAAAGUAAAGAAGCCAGAUACAUCUCUAAAACCAGAAGGCGUCAUUGAAAAUAUUACUGAGAAAGAGGCUCAAUUCGUCCCAUUUUCAAACAGCGGCAGAUCUGCGAUUGUAAAGAGACCACCAGCAACUCUACGUCUCGAAGGAAAAAUGAAUACAAAUCCCGAAUACAGAGAAUCGUUUACAGAUUUCCCUAGAGAAAGACCUGUAGUUACGAAGCCUGCAGGGCAUCUUCAGCAUGACCCCAACACCUUACUCCUUCUAGCCGACGAACCGUUCAAAAAGCCUAGAUGUCCUAGUCCACAACCUGAAUAUAACCUUCGCUCAGAGGGCAGAAUAGAUAAAAAUCCGGAAUACAGAUCUUCUUAUGUAGAUUUGCCUAAAGAAAAGUCAGUCACAAGACGACCUCAGGGUCAGUUGAAGCGUCUGAACGGAAAUUUUAGAGUGGCCGAUACCCACACGCCCAGGGCCCAAUCUGAAAGAAGGCACGGAGGAGUGUCUGGAGUAUCUGACGAGGUGGAAUCCAGGAGGACUUAUGUGGAUUACACAUCACGUGACAGGACUCCUAGCAGGAGGAGGCCAGUGGAUAAUCUCAAAGUACAAGGAACUUCGUCACUAGUAGACGCAAUAAGCAGCCCUCGGGCGUCUAGAAGACUUAACGUUUCAAAAAGAGUAGUUCCUACGGCAAUAAACUGCUCUGGAGCUUACAACACGCUAUCCAAAGACGAGCCAAGGCCCGGGGAGAAGACUGUGACGUUCGAGUAUGGAGACGGCCGACCGAGAACUUGCCCGUGGAACAACAUGAAAGUCGCUUCGAGACGAGAUGGAAGCAAGCAGUCGGAGGAUCUGUUGGCCACAGACACAGGAAGUACCGAACCGACAUUCAAAUUACAUGUCAUGAAUGUGGACGAAACGUGUGACGAAAAUGAUGACUUUGCCCGCAGGCGACGACGGGGAAGACGACGUCAAUCUUCCAGGAGUUCACCUCCGCACCCCAUUCUGUCGACGUCCAUUGUUUCGUCGAGGGCACCAUCUCCCGAAGUUGCACAUCAAUUUCCGACGCAUCGAGUGCAGUACCCACUGCACCAAAUGGAGCAUAACAACAAUCAAGCAUUCGUGGUUUUGGACGACCUCAACAACAACAGCCACUUCUCUCAUGCACCCACAGCAAUUCCUCGCAGCAACUUCUUGGACAUACCGCCCAACAAACAGCAGCCACGGCAUGGCCGUGGCCAUGUCAACUGGAUGCCGUCAUGGCAUGAUAACCCCACUUCCAUAUGAACAAAUAACCACUUUCCGGUCUAUAAAAUUGUCAACAAACAAAUAAAGAACUUUACAUUAAAACUCUAACAUGCCACUUUAAAAUGGACUUCUCCACAUCGACUUGGUGCUACUCUGUUAAAAUAUAACUUUACUUGAAUGCCACCUUCGUGGAUUGACCUUGCAUGUUGUUGGAGGUUCCCCGAUAAAGUUUUUCUUAAUUUUAAUGUAAGUAAUUCAUUAUAAAAUGAUCUCACAUUCA